AUGGAAAAUGAUACAGCUGAUUUAUUGGACAGCGAGGAAAAUAGCGUGGAACGCAAUUUAAUCGAAAAGCUAUUAGAAUUUAGCGAGCGCCAAAGCCAAGAGAUCGAGGAAGAAGACUAUGAUCGUGUUGUGUUCACGAGCAGUCUGGACGAAGUUGCUUGUGGCUGGAAAGACGCUGCGCCGAACGUUCGAUAUAUUUCUUCAGCUGAUCGGAAGAAAAAGACGAAAGAAAAAUACUGGCGGGUUAGCCCUGAUUCCGAGAGCAAUUAUUCGAAAGUUAAGCGGCUCGUUGGAAUGAUCACAAAUUCGAAUUCAAGCAGCGGGAGUGAAAUCAACAACGUGAAAGCUGGAGGAACGUGGCCAGGGAAUAGGCAAUUAAAAGCGAAUAUGCGGAAUUUUCAAAACGCAGAUGUAUUGUCUUAUGAUACUCCUUGCUGGAGAUAUAUCAUUGACCCUCGAACACUCAAGUACGUGGAGAGAACCCCGCUACAAGUUUUGCGGAAUAUGUUUACGUCACACAAGUAUCCAAACCAAACGCUCGUUCUCGAGAAUGGUGGCAUAAUAACUUUUCAGGAAACUAGCAGUGGAGGAAUUGCAAUUAGCGAUCCUGCUUUGUCGUUCGAUCGUCGACUUCUUGAAAGCUUUCAGGCCGGGGAAGAUUAUCGGCUUUGCGCGGAUAAGGUGUGCAGAAUUCCCGGCAGUUAUGAAACAUCUGUACCUCUCGUAACACAGUUUAGAACAGAGGAUAAAAAAAUUAAAGUUGUACACGCGGUGCCGCCUAGGAAGGAGAGCAACCCUACUCUAUCCGUCUGUGAAUUAUGCAGGUUUAGAGCUCAUGAUUUAUCAAAGUCAGACUGCAGACUUGAGGUAAACUCAAGCAGCUGUACUGAGCUUAAACCAUUACAGAAAAUAACACCAAUACAGAGGCAAACUGCUGAUGAUGCCUUCCUUGCGAGCAAGGCUCUGCAAUCACAGACUAAGCUAAAAUCAGAGAAUACGUCCUGCUCCAAGGUUUGCAGGAAAUCCAAGGAGCACAAGAACCAGAAAAAAAGAACAGGGCCAGGUGGGGAGGGGAAAUUGGAUUGGCUGCCCAUUACUAGAAAUACUAUAGGCUAUCCUUACCCCACAUACCCGUCAAGUUAUAUGACUGCAAGUCACGGUAAUUUUCCAGAGAGACCAUCAGCAGGGUUUUCAAAGGCAUUCUCCUUCCAAGGCACAAUAAGAAGGGAAAGAAACUAA